AAAACAUUUUUUAUUUUAUUUUUUUCAAUAAUUUAAUAUUAUUUUAUUUAUUUUUAAAAUGUUGGGAAUAUUAUUAAUUUAUUAACAACAACACAGUAACGCAAUCACAGACUCCACAGUCCAAGGAGUUUUGCAUACUCACGAAGCCACAAUCAUUUCUCUCUGGUUUGACUCGGCGGCGACUGAGUUAACUCGGUGGAGGUUAUUGUUACUGGUUUCGUCGUAUGUGUUUUUGAUUUAGUUGAUGGAUCCGAGUGGGAUGAUGAACGAAGGAGGACCGUUUAAUCUAGCGGAGAUCUGGCAGUUUCCGUUGAACGGAGUUUCAACCGCCGGAGAUUCUUCCAGAAGAAGCUUCGCUGGACCGAAUCAGUUCGGUGAUACCGAUCUAACCGCCGCUGCUAACGGCGAUCCGGCGCGUAUGAGUCACGUACUGUCGCAGGCGGUUAUUGAAGGUAUCUCCGGCGCAUGGAAACGGAGGGAAGAUGAGUCUAAGUCGGUGAAGAUCGUCUCCAUAAAUGGCGCGAGUGAAGGUGAGAACAAAAGACAGAAGAUAGAUGAAGUGUGUGAUGGAAAAGCGGAAGCGGAAUCGCUAGGAACAGAGACGGAACAAAAGAAGCUACAAAUCGAACCGACGAAAGAUUAUAUUCAUGUUCGAGCAAGAAGAGGUCAAGCUACUGAUAGUCACAGUUUAGCUGAAAGAGCGAGAAGAGAAAAAAUAAGCGAGCGGAUGAAAAUCUUGCAAGAUCUUGUACCGGGAUGUAACAAGGUUAUUGGAAAAGCACUUGUUCUUGAUGAGAUAAUCAACUAUAUACAAUCAUUGCAACGUCAAGUUGAGUUCUUAUCGAUGAAGCUUGAAGCGGUCAAUUCAAGAAUGAACCCUGGUAUCGAGGUUUUUCCACCCAAAGAGUUUGGUCAACAAACAUUUGAGAAUCCGGAGAUGCAGUUCGGGUCGCAGUCUACGAGGGAAUACAAUAGAGGAGCAUCACCAGAGUGGUUGCAUAUGCAGAUAGGAUCAGGUGGUUUCGAAAGAACGUCUUGAUAAAGAAACAACACUUGAUCAUCAUCUUACUACAAAUAAGAGAAAAGCUCGGGAAGAAAAAGCAUACAUACAAAUGAAUCUCAUUCUCAUUAUAGGUUUAAAUAUAUGGAUGUGAAUAUACACAUCAUAUUGUUGUUCUAAAGAAAGCAAAAAAAUAGAAAAGAAAGAUAUAGUUAGUUUCGACAUCAAGAAAAAAAAGCUGGGAAGGGUUUAAAGUAGAAAAAAACCUCUUGUAAAAGAAAGAACGUUCGUUGUUAUAAAAUUGUAUUUCAUUCUUACA